UCUGUGUUGCAGUGUUGAGGCAGCAGGAUGUAGAGGGCUGGUCAGCUUUUCCAGUGGAGUCCGUGAAGGGGACAGCUUCAUAGAAAGACAGCUUCUAAACAUUAAGAAAUCAGAGGAGUUACAGUACCUGACUUGGGGCUGCUCCAUAAGGAAGAUAAUCUUCAAGCGUUAUGAAGGCGGAGAAGGAUCCCGAAGACGAAGAAAAUAUCGUUAGCGAUCCAAGCUAAGUGUAGCCCAGCAUGAAGAUUGUGGAACAGGAAGAUUUGUAAAGCGAGGGACGGAGUCACUGGUUAGGAGUUUGUCUGAGGGCGUGCUUUGUGAGCCACAGAGCUUUGUAACUUAAUGCCCAGUAGUUUGCUGCUCGCAACCAGAGACUAAAUCCUGUCUAUGAUGAACUGUUGGUUUUCUUGUGCUCCCAAGAACAGACAUGCUGCAGAUUGGAACAAAUAUGAUGACCGAUUGAUGAAAGCCGCUGAGAGGGGAGAUGUAGAAAAAGUUUCCUCAAUCCUUGCUAAAAAGGGCAUCAAUCCAGGCAAACUAGAUGUGGAAGGCAGAUCUGCCUUCCAUGUUGUGGCCUCCAAGGGGAAUCUUGAAUGUUUGAAUGCCAUCCUUAUGCAUGGAGUUGACAUUGCCACCAGCGACACUGCAGGAAGAAAUGCUCUUCACCUGGCUGCAAAAUACGGGCAUGCAUUGUGUCUACAAAAACUUCUACAGUACAAUUGUCCCACUGAACACGUAGAUCUUCAGGGAAGAACUGCACUUCACGAUGCAGCCAUGGCAGACUGUCCUUCCAGCAUACAGCUGCUUUGUGACCAUGGGGCCUCCGUGAAUGCCAAAGAUGUGGAUGGGCGGACACCACUGGUUCUGGCUACUCAGAUGUGUAGGCCAACAAUAUGUCAACUGCUGAUAGAUAGAGGAGCAGAGAUUAAUUCCAGAGACAAACAAAACAGAACUGCUCUCAUGCUAGGCUGCGAGUAUGGUUGUAAAGAUGCUGUAGAAGUCUUACUUAAAAAUGGUGCUGAUGUCAGCCUGCUGGAUGCCCUGGGCCAUGACUGUUCUUACUAUGCAAGAAUCGGGGACAAUCUGGACAUUCUAACUUUAUUGAAGACUGCGUCGGAAAAUACCAACAAAGGGAGAGAACUUUGGAAGAAAGGACCAUCUUUACAGCAGCGAAAUUUGCCAUACAUACUAGAUGAAGUAAAUAUGAAGUCAAGUCAGAGGGAGCAUCGAAACGUUCAGGAUCUGGAGAUUGAAAAUGAAGAUUUGAAAGAGAGGUUGAGAAAAAUUCAGCAAGAACAGAGAAUAUUACUGGAUAAAGUCAAUGGUUUACAACUACAGCUGAAUGAGGAAGUAAUGGUUGCUGACGAUCUGGAAAGUGAGAAAGAAAAGCUGAAGUCCCUUUUGGUGGCUAAAGAAAAGCAACAUGAAGAAAGCCUAAGAACUAUUGAGACUCUGAAAAAUAGAUUUAAAUAUUUUGAGACCGAUCAUUUAGGAUCAGGAAGUCAUUUCAGUAACCGAAAAGAAGAUAUGCUUCUCAAACAGGGUCAAAUGUACAUGGCAGAUUCACAGUGUACUUCCCCAGGGGUCCCAGCCUACAUGCAGAGCAGGUCCAUGUUAAGACCACUGGAGCUGUCAUUAACCAAUCAAACCUCAUAUUCCGAAAAUGACAUUUUAAAGAAAGAGUUAGAGGCAAUGAGAACUUUCUGCGAAUCGGCAAAACAAGACCGCCUCAAGCUGCAGAACGAGCUGGCGCACAAGGUGGCCGAGUGCAAGGCGUUAGCGCUGGAGUGCGAACGGGUCAAGGCGGAUUCCGAUGAGCAGAUAAAGCAGUUGGAAGACGCCUUGAAGGACGUGCAGAAGAGAAUGUAUGACUCCGAAGGUAAAGUAAAACAGAUGCAGACGCACUUUCUUGCCCUUAAGGAGCACCUGACAAGUGAAGGAGCCACAGGGAGCCACAGGCUGACAGAGGGGCUAAAGGACCAGCUGAAGGACAUGAAGGCGAAGUACGAGGGCGCGUCCGCUGAAGUGGGGAAAUUGCGAAACCAAAUCAAACAAAAUGAGGUGGUAGUAGAACAGUUGAGGAUGGACGAAGGCAGGCUGGUGGAGGAGAAUAAGCGCUUGCAGAAGGAACUCAGUACGUGUGAAACGGAGCGAGACCAGAAAGGAAGGAGGAUCGCCGAGGCGGAAGGCCAGGUGAAAGAACUCUUAGCCAAGUUGGCCUUCUCGGUUCCAACGGAAAAAUUUGAAAGCAUGAAGAGCUUGUUGUCAAGCGAAGUAAACGAGAAGGUGAAAAAAAUAGGAGAGGCAGAAAGAGAGUAUGAAAAUUCACUUACGGAAAUCAGACAGUUGAAGAGAGAGCUUGAGAAUUGUAAGGCCAAACUUGCUCAGCACAUCAAGCCAGAGGAGCACGAGCAGCUCAGAAGCAGACUGGAGCAGAGAGCAGGAGAGCUAGCGAAGAAGGUCACCGAACUCACGUCAAAAAAUCAGACAUUGCAAAGGGACAUUGAAAAGGUUUAUCUGGAGAACAAGGCCCUCAACCAGCAAGUCCAGAACUUAACAAGUGAAAUGAAAAGUCAUUACGUUCCUCUACAAGUCAGCGAAGAGAUGAAAAAGUCACAUGAUACCACUGUUGAUGAGCUGAAGAAACAGCUUUUAGAUGUAACACAAAAAUAUGCAGACAGGAAGCUGGAAAUGGAGAAGUUGCUGAUGGAAAAUGACAGUUUAAGUAAGAAUGUUAGCCGCCUGGAAACCGUGUUCGUGCCUCCCGAGAAGCACCAAAAAGAGGUCUUGGCUCUGAAAUCCAGUGUCGCUGACCUCAAACAACAGCUGUCUGAACUGAAUAAGAAGAGCGGCGAAGACCGAGAGAAAAUAAAUGCACUCGUGUCUGAAAACACUAACCUGAAAAAGACCCUGAGUACCCAGUAUGUGCCGGCUAAAACCCAUGAGGAGGUGAAAACCACGUUGAAUGGCACAGUGGAUAAGGCCAAUAGAGAGUUACUAGACACGAAGAAAAAGCUCGAAGAUCUCAAUCAGGAAUUUGUAAAAACUAAAGGUGAGAAUGAAAUCCUCAGAAGAAACCUGGAAAACACUCAGAGCCAAAUAAAAGCCGAGUACAUCAGCCUCCGAGAGCACGAGGAAAAGAUGAGUGCUGUAAACCAGAGCCUGCAGAGAGUACAGGAUGACAGCGUGGAAAUACUGGCCAACUACAGACAGGGCCAAGAUGAGAUUGUGACCCUGCAUGCUGAAAUCGAAGCCCAGAAGAAGGAACUUGACACGAUACAGGAAUGCAUUAAGCUCAAAUACGCUCCAAUCGUCAGCUUCGAAGAGUGUGAGAGAAAAUUUAAAGCAGCAGAGAAAGAACUAAAAGAACAGCUCUCAGAGCAGACGCAAAAAUACCACGUCAGGGAAGAAGAGGCCAAGAAGUGCAAGCACGAGAAUGACAAGCUGAAGAAGGAGAUUUGCGCUCUUCAGAAGGAUUUAAAGGAUAAGAACGUUCUCGUUGAGAACUCUCAUGGCACAGAGAGAGCACUGAACAGGAAAGCAGAAGAGCUAAACAAACAGUUGAAAGACCUGUUACAGAAGUACACGGAGGUGAAGACCGAGAAGGAGAAGCUGGCAGAUGAGAAUGCCAGACAGGCUUCGGAGCUUCUCACGGCCCAGACCCUUCUGCAGAAGCAGCAUGUUCCCCUGGAGCAGGUUGAGGCCCUGAAAAAAUCUCUUAACGGCACCAUCGAGCAUCUGAGGGAGGAACUGAAGACUAAGCAGAGGUGUUACGAGAAAGAGCAGCAGACGGUGGCCAAUCUGCGUCAGCUGCUGGAGAACCAAAAGAACUCUUCGGUGCCUCUGGCAGAGCAUUUGCGGAUUAAGGAAGCAUUCGAGAAGGAAGUGGGCAUCAUGAAGGCCAGCCUGAGAGAGAAGGAAGAGGAGAGCCAAAACAAAACUGAAGAGGUCUCCAAACUCCAGUCUGAGGUUCAGAACACUAAACAAGCAUUAAAAAAGCUAGAGACGAGAGAGGUGGUAGAUUUGUCUAAAUACAAAGCAACAAAAAGUGAUUUGGAGACCCAGAUUUCCAGCCUCAAUGAAAAACUGGCCAAUCUGAAUAGAAAGUACGAGGAAGCCUGUGAGGAGGUGCUGCAGGUCCAAAAGAAGCAACUUUGUGCCAAAGAUGAGAAGGAAUUACUGCAUUUCAGCAUCGAGCAAGAAAUCAAGGAUCAGCAGGAGCGCUGCGAUAAGUCCUUGACCAUAAUCUCAGAGUUACAGAAAAGAAUACAGGAAUCUGCCAAACAGAUUGAAGCGAAAGAUAAUAAGAUAACAGAACUGCUUAAUGAUGUGGAAAGACUCAAGCAGGCACUCAGUGGCCUUUCACAGCUCACGUCCCCGAGCGGGGGCCCCAGCAAGAGGCAGAGCCAGCUGGUCGACACCCUGCAGCGGCAAGUCAAGUCCCUGCAGCAGCAGCUAGCCGAUGCUGACAGACAGCACCAAGAGGUGAUUGCAAUUUACCGGACACAUCUUCUUAGUGCUGCACAGGGUCACAUGGAUGAAGACGUGCAGGCGGCCUUACUCCAGAUCAUACAGAUGCGGCAGGGGCUCGUGUGCUGAAGGCAGUCCUGACCAGCUGGGGCGUGCUUUAGCUGCUGGUGCUCAGCAGUCCCAGUACGACUCCAUGGCCUUCCUCAGCUGCCUUGUGCUGGUUAUAGUUGAAAUAAAAUAUAUUUUGUUUCAUCA